UCUUUCAGCUCCGUAUUCCUCGCUUCCGGACGCCGAGGUCGCGUUACCGCAGUGGCUCGGGGCCCACGCCGUCCGCCCUCAAAAAACGGAGCGAUGCUGAUCUCAGGACAAACGACUGGACCUUCCUAGCCCUGGCGGAGCCACGGAGCUCACUUGGACAAUGUCACUUGGUGGAGAAGGACUGUGAGAUCGUGGCUAGAAGCCAGGUUGUAGCCACCUGCCUGCCACUGCCCAGCUGAGUGGCAGCCCAGAGCCCAGGAGCAGCACGUGGCUGUAGGCCACAGACACGGCGAAGAUAUGAGUGUGGGGGUGAGCACCUCUGCUCCCCUGCUCCCAGCCUCAGACACAAACACUGUCACAUCUACCUUCUCCCUCGUGGACUAUGUAGUGUUUGUGCUGCUGCUGGUUCUCUCCCUUGCUAUUGGGCUCUACCAUGCCUUUCAUGGCUGGGGCCGGCAUACUGUUGGCCAACUGCUCAUGGCAGACCGAAAAAUGAGCUGUCUUCCUGUGGCUCUGUCUCUGCUGGCCACCUUCCAAUCAGCCGUGGCCAUCUUGGGUGUGCCAUCUGAGAUCUACCGAUUUGGGACCCAGUAUUGGUUCCUGGGCUGCUGCUAUUUUCUGGGCCUGCUGAUCCCUGCACACAUCUUCAUCCCUGUCUUCUACCGCCUGCAUCUCACCAGUGCCUAUGAGUAUCUGGAGCUCCGAUUCAAUAAAGCUGUGCGGGUUUGUGGGACCGUGACCUUCAUCUUUCAGAUGGUGAUCUACAUGGGAGUCGUGCUCUAUGCACCAUCAUUGGCCCUCAAUGCAGUGACUGGCUUUGACCUGUGGUUGUCAGUGCUGACCCUAGGCGUUGUUUGUACUGUCUAUACUGCUCUGGGCGGGCUGAAGGCAGUCAUCUGGACAGACGUGUUCCAGACGCUGGUCAUGUUCCUAGGGCAGCUGGUGGUUAUCAUUGUGGGGUCAGUCAAGGUGGGCGGCUUGGGGCAUGUGUGGAAAGUGGCUUCCCAGCAUGGCCGCAUCUCUGGGAUCGUGCUGGAUCCAGAUCCUUUCGUACGGCACACUUUCUGGACAUUGGCUUUUGGGGGUGUCUUCAUGAUGCUCUCCUUGUAUGGGGUGAACCAGGCUCAGGUGCAGCGCUACCUCAGUUCCCGCACGGAGAAGGCUGCUGUGCUCUCCUGCUAUGCAGUCUUCCCUUGCCAGCAGUUGGUCCUUUGCAUGAGUUGCCUCAUUGGCUUGGUCAUGUUUGUCUACUACCAAGAGUAUCCCAUGAGCACCCAGCAGGCUCAAGCAGCCCCUGACCAGUUCGUCCUGUAUUUUGUGAUGGAUCUCCUGAAAGACCUGCCAGGCCUGCCUGGGCUCUUUGUUGCCUGCCUCUUCAGUGGCUCCCUCAGCACCAUAUCUUCUGCUUUUAACUCAUUGGCAACUGUUACGAUGGAAGAUCUGAUCCGACCCUGGUUCCCUCAAUUCUCUGAAGUCCAGGCCAUCAUGCUUUCGAGAAUCCUCGCCUUUGGCUAUGGGCUGCUUUGUCUGGGAAUGGCGUAUAUUUCUUCCCAGAUGGGACCCGUGUUACAGGCAGCACUCAGCAUCUUUGGCAUGGUUGGGGGGCCGCUGCUCGGACUCUUCUGUCUUGGGAUGUUCUUUCCUUGUGCCAACCCUUCUGGUGCCAUUGUGGGUCUGUUGGCUGGACUCAUCAUGGCCUUCUGGAUCGGCAUCGGGAGCAUAGUGACCAACAUGGCCUCCGGCAUGGCACCCUCUCCCCCUAAUAUAUCCAGCUUUUCCCUGCCUAGCAACCUGACCUCUGUCACCAUGACCACACUGAUGCCCUCAACCACCCUCUCCAAGCCUACAGGGCUGCAGCGUCUCUACUCCUUGUCGUAUUUAUGGUACAGCGCUCACAACUCAACCACAGUUAUUGUCGUGGGCCUGAUUGUCAGUCUGCUCACUGGGGGAAUGCGGGGCCGGACCCUGAAUCCUCGGACCAUUUACCCGGUGUUACCAAAGCUCAUUGCCCUGCUGCCCCUGUCCUGUCAGAAGCGAUUUCACUGCAUAAGCUACAGCCAGGAUCUCUCAGUGGACACUGCUACAUUUCCGGAAAAGAUGAGUAAUGGGAUGUUGAAGAACAGAGACAAGGAGGUCAUGGCAGUGCCUGAGGAAAGCUCAGCCCACCAAGGGAACAGCCCCACCUUCAUCCUCCAGGAGACCUCACUGUGAUCUAGGCUUAGGUCCCAGGGCCAGAGGCCAUCCUGUAGUACAGUGAUGAGUUAGGUGAUACACAGUGUAGAGACAAUCGAGGACUGGAUUACCUAGCCCACCAAAGGACCUUGUUUUUAGGUGUUUGGGCUGCAGUAGAAGCUGUCAUGUCAUGGGAAGUGUUGAGGGUAGGAAAGGGUUUUCACUUGUCCCUUGACAGCCUAUUCUCUAUAGAGGACUAGGUUUGCAGGGGAUAGGAUUUUGCUAGAAAAGGGGAUCGAAGCAAAUCCUCUGGGAAACGGGAAAUGGCUUCCGAUUAACCAUCACCAGACUCCUUUGAAGUGAAUAGAAAUAGUGCUAGUUACCACUGCUCUGGGGCCUGGUUUCACAAGGUUGGCCAUGUUCACCGCGAAACACAAAGCUGUCUUAGUCAGCUGUUGCUUCUCUUGUGGUACUAUUUUAAGGAUAGAUUCUGUCAGCCACAAAGGGUCCAGGACUACUUUCUCAUUAUCUGUGACGCCC